AUGCGGCUGAGCGUCUCUGUGCUCCUGGUCGCCUCUUUACUGGGGCUGCUCCUCCUCCCCUCCACCGAGGCCAAGAAGCAGAACAAGGGCCGAGGCAUGAAGGGGGCCCGCCACAAGCUUUCCAGGGUGCGAGGAGCUGGGCGUCACAGCCGGUCAGACACCUCCAGAAUAGUGGCCCCUAACUGCGCCGAGUCCACCGAGUCUGGAGACGUCUUCAUCGACUGCCAAGAGAGACACCUCAACACCAUCCCCUCCGCACAGGCCUGGUCCAAACAGCCCAAGCACCUACUCCUCGCACGCAACCGCAUCAAAGUCCUCCGCAAUAGGAUCUUCACCGGCUACGAGGGCCUGACCAGUCUGGACCUUCAGCAGAAUGAGAUCUCUCUGGUGGAGGAGGGGGCCUUCCAGGGACUGACCCAGCUCACCACACUACUGCUGCAGCACAACCGGCUGAGCACCCUGAGCGAGGAAACCAUCAUCCCCAUGCCCAACCUUGGCUACAUGCGCCUGUACGAUAACCCCUGGAACUGCCAGUGUGCCAUGGACAGCCUGGUGCGGACGCUGCAGGUGCCCAGCAACCGGAACCUGGGUAAUCAUGCCAGGUGUGAAGAACCCAUUUGGCUCAAAGGAAAAAAGUUGAAGCAGCUGGAAGCGGAGCAGCUGUGUAAAGAGUUGCCCCCGAACGACCAAGGCGUGCGUCCCUCCACGUCCCCCCAGGAGCCCAUCCCCAUCCGCACCAAACCAGAGUCCAACGCAGUCUGCCACACGUACCUCUUCCCCCAGGUCCGCAUGGACUGCAGAAACAAGGGUCUUACAGAAGUGCCCGCGGGGAUCCCAGAUGAUGUGGUUCAAUUGGAUCUUUCCAAUAAUGCCAUCCGUCAUCUCAAAGCCAAAGAAUUCCAGAGCGCAAAGAAUCUCAAAGUCCUAAACCUCAGCAACAACAACAUGGAGCAUCUCGACACCGAUUCUCUGACUGGUUUGCUACAAUUACGAGAGCUGGACCUUUCCAACAACCUGCUGCAGUUUGUCCAAUAUGGGGUUCUAGAAGACUUGUACUUUCUGUCCCAGCUGAAGCUCGGCGGAAACCCCUGGGUGUGCGACUACAGCAUCCACUACAUGGUGUACUGGCUGCGUCUGCAUCCCGGUGUCAGGUACUCUGGCCUGCUGUGCCGCUCCCCGCCUGAAUACACAGGGGAGAAGGUGGAGGAGUACAUCAACAACUACAACAGAGGCUGCCCCAAAGAGCGCCCCUACAACCGGCCCAGUGCCGACCAGACCGACCCCGAGCUGUGGAACACCCCUCAGGAGCUGCAGGCAGAGCUGGAGGAGGAGCUGGAGCCCAGUCAUCUGAGAGUGCCACAGAAAUAUGAGAUCUUCAGACUGUCUUGA